AUGUCUCGACAGUUUUUUCUUUUCUUGUUAUUCUUAGCUUUGAUCAAUAAUGUUUUGGCAAGAGCCCCCUUCGUUCGUGACCGUCCUCGAGGUCUCGGACUUCUCCAACUGCCAACAGGAAUGACUGAUGAACGUUCCGGACCGUUCUUCCCUGGAUUGUAUAUUGCUGGAGAUAAAGCUGGACAGAAACCACAGACAGUCCCUGAUGUUUCCCUUCCUGGACAAACUGCUUCUUUUACUGGAAGAUCCGCUUUCAACCCGUUCACUCACAUGCUUUCCGCCGUUUACACUGAAGAUCUUGUCGACGCCUGGGGUGCUGGAUUCGCAGUCAAUGGAGUAAACAAUCACGGAUUGAAUGUUCGAAAGAAUUUCGACGCAUUUGCGGAUGCUCCAUUGAGUAGCAGCGAUGGAAUGUAUCAACCCUUUUUGACGGCGGCUUCCGUGGGUGCUGAAUAUGAUUUAUCGAAGAUUCGAGAGGUUUCUGGGAACUUCAAUUUGCCAGUUCCAGGAUUGAACGAACUUUUCGACUUUGACGGAAGAUUCAUGGUGAAAGGAGGAGGUAACGGUAUUCUCAACAGUGCUAUGGAGUUCCCAUUAACUCUCACUGAUCCAAAUGAACGUGCUCCAUACACAUUCAAAUAUCUCAAUUUCAUGGCGGAUCGUCACAUGCAUUAUGGACACGUCGUGCCGAAUGUGAACUUGUUUGUGGUUGGAAAGGAUAAGAUUAUGGAUAGAUUGAUGCAGAACAGACUCAAUCCAACUAUGGUCGGAUAA